CGUGACGCUACCUGGCUCUGAUUGGUGCGUUUUGGGUGUGACGUCAUGUUCCCCGCGCUUCAUUCAGACCAGCUUGUUGGCGGGAUUUUGACGUCCGGAAGUGAGAGACCGCACCGGGAAAAUCAUCAUGCAGUUUUCAGGCAGGAGGAAGAAGGUGACACUAAAUCAGCAGCAUGAGCUGUAUGGCCACUGUCUGCAGUUCUAUUGUCAGCCUCCACUGGAGAACAUCUCUCUGACCGAGUUUGAGGGCUUUGCCAUAGACAGGCUGAAAUUGCUGAAGGCAGUGGAGAACCUUGGGGUGAGCUAUGUGAAGACGACCGAACAGUACAAGAAGAAGCUCCACACCGAGUUCGCCAAUCUCGGUUUCCCACACAGAGAGGAAGUGGAUGACUUGAACUCGAACAAAAAUCUAGCUGGGCCCACGGAAUAUGAGAAACGAAGGAAAGAUCACAUCUCUCAUUUCAUCCUCCGCCUGGCAUACUGCCAAACGGAGGAUCUCAGGCGGUGGUUUAUCCAACAGGAGAUGGAUCUUUUCCGCUACCGUUUCAGUAUGCUUCAGUCAAAGUACAAGACUGAGUUUCUACACAAAAAUAAUCUGAAAUAUGACACGAUAAGUGCCGAUGAAAAGAGUAAUCUAAAAGACCAGCUCAUAAACUCCAGUUACGCCGUCAGUGGAAUCACUGUUGCUGAGCAAGACUUCUACAAAGUCCCAUUCCAGGACGCUCUGGAUUUAGUGCGGACGAGGAAAGUGUUCUUGAAGGGUGGCUAUGCCUACAUUCCUCACCAGGACAUCGUGACUAUCGUUCUCAAUGAUUUCCGUACCAGGCUCUCCAAAGCACUCGCACUGACGGCGCGCUCUUUACCAGCUGUGCAAUCUGACGAGCGACUCCAGCCUCUGCUGAACCACCUCAGCCAUGCCUACGUGGGCCAGGAUUACAGCAUCCAGAAGAACAUUGGAAAAGUCUCGUUGGAACAGAUUGAUCCACUCUCUGGCAAGUCGUUCCCUCUGUGCAUGAGGCAGCUGCACAAAGCCCUGAGAGAAAACCACCACCUGCGCCACGGCGGCCGCAUGCAGUACGGCCUUUUCCUCAAGGGCAUCGGCCUCACCCUGGACCAGGCGCUGCAGUUCUGGAGAUCUGAGUUUAUCAAGGGCAAAGUGGACGCAGAUAAGUUUGACAAAGCAUAUGCCUACAGCAUCCGGCACAUGUUUGGGAAGGAAGGCAAGCGAACAGACUACACGCCCUACAGCUGCAUGAAGGUGAUUUUAUCCAAUCCGCCCAGCCAAGGCGACUACCACGGAUGUCCAUUCCGCCACAGUGACCCAGAGCUGCUGAAGCAGAAGCUGCAGUCAUAUAAACUCGCUCCUGGUGGGAUCACGCAGAUUUUGGACCUUGUCAAGGGAAUGCACUAUCAGCUGGCCUGCCAAAAGUACUUUGAACUGACACACAAUAUUGACGAUGCUGGGUUUUCUCUGAAUCACCCGAACCAGUACUUCAUGGAGAGUCAGAAGCUGCUCAGUGGAGGAAGAGAGGUCAAAAAAGAAGCGGAGAUGCCUCAAAGGGGACAGGAAAAUACGGCCAGUAAUGGUCCCAGUGCCCCUCCGUCUUGUCAGCACAACACCACUCAGCCUCUGGAUGAUAUGGGCGAUUUAGACUCGUACUUCCUCGAUGAGUAAAGCGUAUAGUCAAACAAACUGACUAUCCUUUAUUCUACACACUUUUGAAUGCUGAAAUUUUUCAUGAUUUUUCAUUGUCAAAUAUCUUUUUUUUUUAUAUGUUAACUACUAGUGGUAACAAUAUUUCAUAUGUUUUGCUGAGUUCACUAAAGAAAAAUAAAAUUUCAAUAAUGAAGACUAAGCUGACUGUUUUUAAUUUGAUCUUGACAUAACUCCAAAAACAUUUCUAAACUAUUUGCAAUAAUGCGUGUACAUUCUACAGUGUUUAUGUUCAAAAAGCAUGUCUUGUUCUGUCAGUUGUGUAUUUUUGUAUACAUUAGGUUUUUAAAGAUCCAGUUCAGUUUUCAUGCACCAAAUAAGGUCUUAAAUAAA